UGAAUUAUUCCGCUAGGUGUCUUAAACAAUAUGGCGUUGAUGUAUGGUUAUAAAACUCUGAACCGAUGUAUUAUUAGUAAAAGUUAUAUAUCAUUAAAACCUUUUCCAUUCCAGUCAGUAGCGUUAUCAAUAGGAAAACAAAAUUAUUUAAAAAAAAUUAUUCAAACAGAAACUGAAAACACCAUAGUAGUUGAAGGAAUCCAAGUAAACUCUCCAAGAGAGGGCAAAGUUAUCAAAGCACAGAAUAAUACCCGUGCCUGUCCACUUUGUAGACUUGGACUGAAGAAUAUUAGACAUUCGGAUGUUUUAAUCUUAAGUCAAUUUAUCAACUCUGAUGGGACUUUAUUGCCAAAACAAAUAACAGGUUUGUGUGGCAGGCAGUACAAACAAGUUGCCAUUAUGGUUCAUCAUGCUCAGUUAGCUGGUUUGCUUCCACGAAAGCCUCACACGCCAGUAACAGAACCUUGGGAACACUUAAACACUUAUACCAUCAGCAAAUAAAGCUAGAAAUGGAAGCCCAGUACAAGGACCUUAUUUACAAGACUGGUUUAAUAGCUUGUUUAUUUCAGACAUAGAUCAGAAAAAUAUUUUGGUCAAUGCUUACAAUGUAACCAACAACAAAUCUGUUGAAGAACUGCACACUGUAAUAUAGGUUAAAAACUGUUGAUUUACCAGAAAAAAUAAAGAUAAAUUAUUCAA